GCUCCUUCCCGCCGGGCCUGGCUAGCACGCAGGUCCGGCAGUCUAUUGGGCCAGGGCUUAAAAGCCCAACACGGGCGAAAAAGACGCGAUCUCAGUUUCCGGGGACGCUUUAGAGAAAGGCACUCGCUCCUCCCGUUCCGGUUGGGUAGGCGCCGGCUCCUCGGGCCCCACGUGGGAUUCUGCCGGGGUAGUAUUCUGAGGCGCUGCUCCUGCGGUUGGUGAGAUUGCCUGUGUCUGGAGUGCGGAGCUCCUCUGUGGCCACGAGGACGUUACCAUGCCUAAAGCACCAAAGGGAAAAAGUGCAGGACGGGAAAAAAAGGUCAUCCAUCCAUAUAGUAGAAAAGCAGCUCAAAUUACGAGAGAGGCCCACAAACAAGAAAAAAAGGAAAAACUGAAGAAUGAAAAGGCCCUGCGUCUCAACCUUACUGGUGAAAAACUGCAAUGGUUUCAAAAUCAUCUUGAUCCCCAAAAAAAGGGAUAUUCAAAGAAAGAUGCUUGUGAACUAAUCGAAAGGUACUUAAACCGAUUCAGCAGUGAGCUGGAGCAGAUUGAGUUACAUAACAGUAUCAAGGACAGGCAGGGGAGGCGGCACUGUUCCCGGGAGACUGUCAUCAAGCAGACGAUGGAGCGGGAGCGACAGCAGUAUGAAGGAUAUGGCCUUGAGAUUCCAGACAUUCUAAAUGCAAGUAAUCUGAAAACAUUUAGGGAAUGGGACUUUGAUCUGAAGAAAUUGCCAAACAUUAAAAUGAGAAAAAUUUGCGCUAAUGAUGCAAUUCCGAAGAAGCAUAAGAGGAAAACUGUUAUAACUGAAGACCAAAAUUUAGGAGAAUUGGAACUAAAUGAUGAAACAAGUGACUCAGAUGAGGAAAUGACUGCAGUGGCCUAAUUGUCUGCACUUAAAUUGAAAAUAAGUAACUUGAGAGUUUCAAA